AAAUUGCAUUUCUAUUAGAUUUUUUUUAAAGGCACAAGUUUUUGUUAUUAUUAAAAAAAAAAUAGAAAUUUAGUUUGGAUAAUGAUUUUACGUUGAGAAGCAAGAAGGCGCAAAAGAACACAGUAUGGGUGUUGGUGGUGUUCCUGUUCCCGCUGCGUCCUUGUUGUUCAGUUCCACAAAGAAAUCAACAACAUUCUUGUACUCACACACUCCCAAAUUUGAAGUUAAAGCUAAUGCCGCAUUUAUCACUGACUCCAAUUGGUUCCAAGUUGGUCGACCCAUUGGCAACUACGGCUUCAUGAACAUCACUACCACUAGUGCCCCAAACACUGGUGGAUUGAAAACUCAAGAUGUUGAAGAAGGCAGCGUCAACAUCAGGCUUUAUGAAGGCAGGGUUUCCCAGGGUCCACUUAGACAAACCCCUGUUCUUUUUAAGGUUUAUCCUGGAAGACGAGCUGGUGGGGUUGUGGCUGAUAUGAUGGCUGCAAACGAGUUGAAUUCUCAUAUGUUCUUUCAAAGCAGUUCUAAAGGUAUUAGUCAGCAUCUUAUGUUACUUUUAGGUGGCUUUGAAACAACUACUGGAGAGCAGUGGCUUGCUUUUCGUGAUUAUGGGAAAUAUAGCGCAGCAGACUAUGCAAAAGUUGCGAGUGAGAAGGUAUCAAAACUGUCUUCAUGGAAUAGCUUUGAACGAGGACAAACAUUCAAAAGAAGACACCGUUUCGUUAUAAAGCUGCUUCAGGGUGCUAUGAGAGGUUUGGCUUACAUGCAUGAUCAUGAUAGAUUGCAUCAGAGUCUUGGACCAUUUUCUGUGUCUCUCAACACAAUUUCUGAAAGAGAAGCUACCUAUUUGAUUCCAAGACUUAGGGAUUUAUCUUUUUCUGUUAGUGUCAGGUACUCAGAACUAGAGGAUUCAGGAGUAGGACCACUUACGGAGGGUCUUUGGGCACGAGCUUCACGAGCUAGUGCAUUCACUUAUAUAGAUAAAAGAGCUUUUGGAAUAGCCGAUGACAUAUAUGAGGCAGGCCUUCUUUUUGCAUACUUGGCUUUUGUUCCAUUUUGUGAAGCUGGUCUUUUGGAUGGCCUUUCCUUGCAAAGACUUUUAGAGAACACUUUCCGACUUGAUCUUGAAGCAGCACGAGAGUACUGUAUAGCAGAUGACAAGUUAGUUAAUGCCAUCGAAUUCCUGGAUCUAGGUAAUGGUGCUGGUUGGGAGUUACUUCAGGCAAUGCUUAACGCCGACUUUCGAAAGAGACCAACUGCAGACGCUGUUAUGAAUCACCGGUUUAUGACUGGGGAAGUCCUUUGAAUUUCAAGAUCAAAAGAAUAUGGUUGUCUUUAUGAAAUAAUCUACCACAUGACUCACCAUGUCAUUUAUGUUUCUAUGUAAAUAUUGCAUUGCUUUUUCACAAGCAGCAAUGCUACUGUAAAUAUUUUAUUAUGAUAUUUGCAUCCUUGAUAUACAAGGUCACAAUCCUUUAAUAGGUUUACCUAUCCCUUUCAAAUUUUGUCCUUUAAAGUGGACUGUUGAUCCUUUAAA